AUGACACACCACAUAAAGGCGAAAUAUCCUGACUUACAAGGGAUAGGCGAAAAUGUAGAAACUGUUGCUCAAGUCAUGAAUUUAAUUGAUGCUGGUGUUGAUGGGUUGAGGGUUGGCAUGGGUAGUGGUUCUAUAUGUAUCACUCAAGAAGUAAUGGCAGUAGGAAGGCCACAGGCUAUUGCUGUGUAUAAGGUGGCUGAAUAUGCCCAAAGGUUUGUAGUUCCAGUGAUUGCUGAUGGGGGCAUUCAGUUUAUUGGACAUGUGAUAAAAGCAUUAGCGUUUGGCCCAUCCACUUUAUUCUUCUGA